UCUGGCUCCAGCGACUAUGUACCUGGGCAAGUAUUCCAGAGGUGCAAGCUGGCAUGGUGGAGCCCGGCUGCUGGCCCGCACCUCGCUUCCGCCGCGGGCAUGGAUGCGCCGAUCGCUCCAAAUUUGUCCGAGUUGCUCGAGGCCGUGCUGCCAGAGGAUGCUCCAUCUGGCCACGAGGCGUGGCAGAAGGUCAAGCAUGACAGGCAGCACACCUCGCAGGCCCUCUGCUUCUUCAAGUUCGGGCCGCAGAGGUUCCACUUCCAGGCGACGCUCGCGGCCUGCCUCACCGAGGAGGCCCUGCUGCGCGUGACCCGCGCCUGCUACGUCAAGUUCUCGGAGGGCGAGCCCAAAGAGCGCGUCAAGGAGUUCCGGGACCAGAUCUACGCCAGGAUCCGGGGCAUCAAGACGGGCUGCGGCCUUGGCGGCGCGGCCGCCAGCCUCCCCCCCUACAAGAGGCCGAGGACAGGGACGGCGAGCGGCCUCCCCGCUGCAGAGGGCGCGGGCGCCGCGGCCUCGGACGCGGCGCCCCCCGCGGGCCUGCCCCCCGGCGAGGCAUCGCGUCCUGCCCCCGGGCCCGGCGGCGCCGGCGGCCCGCCAGCCGGGGCCGCGGCCCCGGAGGAGGACGCGCCCGCGGGGCACGAGGCGUGGGGCAGGUGCCACCACGAGCCGUCGCGGGGGAGGGUGCGCCUGUACCUGAGGUCCCUGCGGCUGCCGGGGGGCGAGGAGCGCGGGUGUAUCACCUAUAUACCGCAGGCCGGGCGGCAGAGCGCCGAAGUUCGCGAGGGUGCCACGUGCAAGCUGGGGACUGUCGUUGUCCGCGCGAACUUCAUCGCCCACCAGUGAGCAGUUGGAAGGCGCUUUGUGGUAAAUCCAAUACAGACCUGCGUCAGGAGCCAGAGGGGCGAUCUUGUCCGCCAGCGUCGAACACAUCUUCGACCGUCGCCACGAAUUCAUGCAGCGAAGAGCGGCCGGACGCAAAUUGAUCACGGUGAGUUUGGCAG